AUGGCGAUGGUUAUCAUCCUACUAUUGCUAACGGCCUUGGGCGGACGCCCCUCCUUUCAACUUGUACCCACGGGCGCGCAGGAGACAACAUCAUUGACUACUGAGGCAUCCAUAGAAACAACGCCGUCGACAACUACAGCUCCUUCUGAAACAACAUUAUUGACUAUCGGGACUACUGCAGAAACAACAUCAUCGACUACUACGACAAUUGGCUAUCGGGGCUAUAACCAUCAUUACAACAACUUCGUGACAACAACCUCGUCAACGAAUUCUCCUGCAAUCACGGUGGCAUCAAUCACUCAGACCUUUUCAGAAACAACGGCAGCACCACUGACUACUGGGGCUGUAAACGUGAAAAUAACAAGCUCGACCACCGAGACACAAAAAACACCAACAACAUCUACUGUGCAGGCGCCGGCAGUAGCACCGAGAACAUCGACCUCGAAUGACCCUGUGAUAACGACAAAAGCACCCACUAGGGAACCUCCAGACAACAGUGGCUGGUCGAUUGUAGGUCAAAUCGCCAAAAAAGGCACGGGACAAACCGGGGUCGAGUUCAGUGCCGGGCCACCUCUGAUUGACAUGGUAGUCAUUGGUGAGAGAGAAGAGUUAACUCUGUUGGGAUGCGCCAGAGUUUGCCUUGAAGUCAAUGAUUGUCUCUACAUGAUGCAUCAGAAUGUUCGCGAGAAGAUUGGACUGUGCGUCAUGUAUUCAGCGUUAUCGCCUUAG